CUGCACAGCCGGGUAAUGAGGCUUCUCGGAGAGGGACUCUGGUUCUGUUAGGCGGCCCCACAAACCCGGAAAAGCGCGCAGCACAUCUCAGAGUUAGAUCCCGCUGGACCCCAGACCCCGGGCUGGGGCGGCCGGCAUGUCGGAUGCACGGAAGGAGCCUGACGAGGCAGACGACAGCCAGUGCGACUCGGGCAUAGAGUCGCUGCGCUCUCUGCGCUCCCUGCCCGAGCCUGCUGCGGCCCUAGUCUCCGGACCAUCGCACAGAGGCUGUCCACAGCCCUGGAGCCACCCUCCAGAGACCCACAAGGAACCAGGGGAGAAAGAAGAUGCAGACGGAGAGCGGGCGGACUCCACCUAUGCCUCCUCCUCUCUCACUGAGUCCUUGCCCUUGCUGGGGAGACCCGAAGUGGAGGACCCGGCCCCAGGCUCACCGCCGCCCCACACGGAGGUACUGAGCCCUCAGCAACUCGAAGCGCUCACAUACAUCUCUGAAGAUGGAGACACGCUGCUCCACCUGGCAGUAAUUCACGAAGCCCCAGCGGUGCUGUUCUGUUGCUUGACUUUCCUGCCCCAGGAAGUUCUGGACAUUCAGAACAACCUUUACCAGACAGCACUCCAUCUAGCUGUUCACCUGGACCAGCCAGAUAUAGUUCGAGCACUGGUGCUGAAGGGAGCCAGCCGGGUACUACAGGACCAACACGGUGACACAGCCCUGCAUGUAGCCUGUCAGCGCCAGAAUCUGGCCUGUGCAUGCUGCCUGCUGGAGGAGCAGCCAGAGCCAGGCAGAGAGCCAUCUCACCCCCUGGACCUCCAACUGAAGAACUGGCAAGGUCUGGCCUGUCUCCACAUCGCCACAUUGCAGAGGAACCAGCCACUCAUAGAACUGCUGCUUCAGAACGGAGCUGACAUUGACGUACAGGAGGCCACCAGUGGGAAGACUGCACUGCACCUGGCUGUGGAAACCCAGGAGCGCAGCCUGGUACAGUUCCUGCUCCGGGCUGGUGCCCGGGUAGAUGCCCGCAUGCUCAAUGGUUGCACGCCUUUGCAUCUGGCAGCCGGCCGCGGCCUCAACAGCAUCUCAUCCACUCUGUGUGAGGCUGGUGCCGACUCCCUGCUGUUGAAUGUAGAAGAUGAGACACCCCAGGACCUGGCUGAGGAUCUCCUUUCUUAUUUGCCCUUUGAUGACCUGAAAAUCUCCGGGAAGCCACUGCUGUGUACUGACUGAAGCCAGGCCAGGGGUCCCACCUUUUCCUACCUGGAAGCUGGAGCCACAGCUGCUGCAGUUGGGGCCCAAGCAACAUGCCCCUCCGCAGAGGCCAGAGCAUGGGGGCUAGUGUAGUCCUAACAGGAGAGGAAGGAUUGCAAACAAGGAAGCCGGUCUGGAAGGAAGAACUUCCCAGGUGGACAGGAUAGAGAUUCUUGAAAGACCCUCAAAGCCUGCUUGCUUCUGUUGAAGAUGGCAUGGGCUGAAACUGACAACCAUCAGGAAAACGGAUGAGCAAACAGGACCCUGAGGGGCCUUACCUAAAACCCCUUUGUGAGCAUGCUUGGGACUGGAGGUUGAACCUAGAGCCUCCCAAUGGGCAAGCUUACUAUCAAGUAGCUCUGUCCCCAGCCUUCUUUUUACUUUUAAUUUUGUGGCAGGGUCUCACUAGGUUGCCUGAGAUGGCCUGGAACACACUCUGUAGCCAAAGCAGUCCUUGAACUAGGAUCCUUCUGGGAUUAUGGGUCUGAUGGCAGUGGGCCCGGGAAAAAGACUUCAUACAUAAGGCUCCAAACUGAGCCUUUGGAAAGGAAUAAUUCUGUAACAUGACACUAAAAUGGAAGAGAGAGACUUUAAAAAAAAAUGUUUCCCUUCUACAAUUGUUUGCAUAGGCAGGCCGGACCUGUGAUCCUGGGGUAAAGACAGAGACGGGGGAGUAGGGCCUUGCUGUUAUAAUUCUGCUGGCUUUCCCUGUCACCUGGGUAGCAGAAUUAUAUUAUAACACUUACUGGGUAGGGUGGGAGGCCUGGGAGUUCUCAGGCCUGCUUCCUGCCAGCACAGACACAUCUCCUUCAUGUGGGAAUGGUCAGGGAUGGAGGAAUUUGGAGACAUUUCCCUAGAGAUGCUGGGGACAUUGAGCACAAGAGAGCUGCUGCAACUCUACUUUCCUUCCCCUUGAGGGCCCUGCUAGGUCAGGCCCAUGACCGGCAUGAAGAACAUAUUAAAACUAUAGGCAACU